AUCUAACCAAUCACAUGGCAGCACCUCAGUGCAUUUAGGCAUGUAGUCAAGGUCAAGAUGACCUGUUCAAACUGACAGAUGCUGUCCCCACUGCUGUUCUGCAUAGGCCUGAAGCGCCCAGGCUAGAUCAUUAACAUGACUUGCUACGGAUACCGACUACAGGAUGGCACAAUUGUUAUCCUCUACAUCAAGCUGUAUGCCAGGAGUAAGUGAGACAUAUUGCAAUGUCAUUCAGGCUGGAAAAGUGUAAUAAAGAGAGGGAAGAUGGUUAGAACUGAGAGGACUGCACUACCAGACGACGACACCGAGGACAGCUACAAGUACCUGGGAAUCACGAAGAGGCUGCUAGGAAAGCCGCAACCACCAAACACCUGCAGAAAGUAAGCAAGUCCUGAGCAGUCAGAUGCCUGACUCGGAUAAUCAGCUGGCUAAAGGAUGAGAUGGAAUUCCAGCACCCUGAGACUGUCUGCUAAGAAGGACGGCCGAGGACUAGUGAGUAUCAGAACCACCAUCCAGGAUGAAACAGCAAACAUCCAUGAGUACACUGAAGUAAAUACCUCAGCAUUGACCCCAAACUGGCUUUGCGCAUGUGUGCUUGUGUGCAUACAGCCACAGAUACAAUCAAGACAUGCAACUUCAGCCUUAACGUAUGUGGAGUAUCUGAAUAAUUUAAUUUCUUAUUUAGUGAUGUUAUUCAGUGUUUUCUAUGUGUCUCUUAAAAAAACUUUUCUACUGUACUUAAAAAUUUACUGUAUUCUACUUGGAUCGAGUAGGGUUUUGGCCCCGCCCCCGCCCCCAGACAGGUUUUUUCAGGUGCGCGAGCUCAGCCGUGUCAUUCUAUCUCGGAGCUGCCAGACAGGGAGGAUGGAGGGAAGUCAGACGUUUCAGGGACAACGUGAUCCUUACACCUGGUUCACAGAGUCUCAGCUCCAGUCUGUCAUCAGGAACGGUGUAGUCCCGGAGUGGUUUCAUGGGAUCAUUUCCAGAAAGACAGCAGAGGAACUGCUAAUGGCUAAGCCGCCGGGUUACUUCCUCAUCAGAGUCAGUGAGAGCAGGAUCGGCUACACUCUCUCGUAUCGUGCCGAGGACCGCUGCAGACACUUUAUGAUUGAUGCACUGGAACAUGGCUCUUACAUCAUAGUGGGGGAAAACAGGUAUCACCGGUUUCUGCAUGACCUGGUGGACUUUCAUCGUAGAACUCCCAUCAUGCCUUUCACUCAAGUGCUGACUGUUCCUUGUGGACAGGCUUCUAAUGACAAGACUGACUAUGCAGAACUACUGUUUUGCUCAAGAGGUCCAGACUCUAGGGCCAGUUUGCCACCAAACAACUUCCAGGUUCCCAGCAUAAAUCCACCAGGGUCAAGAGAGGAUAUCCCACCUGCCCUUCCUCACCGCCCAAAUUAUUUGGGAAACUCACCAAUUUUGCCUCCAAAAAGCCAAACAAAUAGACUCUACCCUUCUUUGGAAGAUGAGUUUCAACACAAUACCUCUCCACCACCAGCACUGCCUGUCCCAACACCCAGGAAGAAAUAUACAGGUGAUAAUCCUCCAUCCAACCAGCCUCCCGAAGUCCCUUCUCGAGACUGCAUGGCUCUGAAGCAGAAUCAGGCUGUCAGAACAGUCUCUGCUCCUGAGAAUCUGCCCACGUUUGCAGGCUCCGAACAACCGCCCACUACCAACAACCAGCAAGUGAGGAAUCAAGAAGUAAAGCCGUCCGUCGUCACCAACCUAAAGAACUUCAAGAAGAAAUUCCAAAAGAAGAGGGGCCCGUUGCAGGAUAAUUCAUACGAAGAGAUUAACACUGACAGGGGUGAAAAUGAUGAGCACGAGUACCAGGAGAUCACGAGGGAUCUGACCUUUUGUGAUCCACCACUUUCCUCCAGCUGCACUCCUGUGAAGCUGACUGAUGACAUGUUACCCUUAGAAUAUAUGCCACCUCCACCUUUUGCUCCAGGCUACGGACCCACAUGAGAAAAUAGAGUGCAUAAAAUGUAGUGAAUAUGGACAGGUCACAGUGAUCACCUGAAACUAUAAUAAACAAGUGUGUCAAGUCAAGGAAGAGGUUAAUGUGUACAUGUAUCCUCAUCUGGGCAAAGGAGAGGAAGUGGUAGGCUCCAUGCUGGAAAAAUACUGCAUUCGUCCAACCUUUAUGAUCCUUUAUCUUUAUGACCUUUGUUCACCUAAAGAGAGGCUUAAUGUCAAAGCAUUGCACCAGUCUUUCAUUCUUAGGAUGUGUCUACAACUGGCUAAUGCAGACACUGAAACACAGUGAAACAGCUAGACUAGACACAAAAUGUGCCUAUCGGUUUCUUUAAAGUUUACUAAUUAAAUCGUUCUGUGUGUUUUCUUUUUUUCCCUGUUGUAUAAGAUAACAGAGGCGGGAUAGAUGCCUCAUCCUGUUUUCUGUCUUUAUGCUAAGCUAAGCUAAGCCAACAGCUGCCACAGCCUCAUAAUAUUCCUAUUCCUUUAACAUUUAGGUCGCAAGGAAUAUUUAUUGUGCAUAAAAUUAUAGGAUAGAUUAAACUGCCUCCUUCAUGCAAAUGUAUUUAGUGCCAAAUUAUAUAUUAUUAUUUUUUUAAAAUGUUCCAUACAUCAAAACUCUAUUCAGACAAAAGGUGUCACAUUAAAAUGAAUAAUGCAAUAAAUUUGUUACAUAGAUGUCUACCUGAA